GGCGAAGCUGCGGAACAUCUCCGAUUGGAUCCGAUCUCGCGAGACUUCUACAAACUAGCUGUAUCCUUUGCUCAAAGGCAAUAUCCGGCAAAGGGUCCGUGACGUGGACAGAAAAUGAGUUAUCGAAUGGCUGGUUGGGCACUGGCCAUCGGAUUUGGUGUACUGAAUGGGUACAUGACAUUCAGGCCUGCCUUUGAAGCCCGAGCAUUGGAGAAGCUGAAGGAAGAGGAGCGGGCUGCUUCGGAACUUGGGCCGAACAUGAUUGAAAUCCCCACGCAAGCAAGCGACAACCCGAUCUCGUCAGGCCGAAACACGUUGGACGCAAGACCAAAUGAGUGAUAAUUCCACGGACAGGCCAUAAACUGCUCAUUACCGGCUUUCAACCAGAUACAUGUUCAAGAGCUGUGGGAUAUGGUGUAAAGGGACAGUGAAUAUCACGAUGGCUACCUCGGAGCCUGCGGUAGGGAAGCCGCUCCUCUGCGAUCAUCCGCCCUCGGACAAGGGAGGAUUACAGAAAGAGAAGAGAUUAUCUGUAUCUCCCACUGCGGCAGCCCCCACAGUAUCCAAUCCCCGAGUUACACGACCUUGAGAAGGUUUAUCACGGUUAUAUUUGAAACCUACUGGGCAUCGAACCACGUUCUCAGGUCUCAAGAUGAAACAGAUCUGGAAGUCUUCAGAGAUCCCACUCGCCUGGGCAAGAAGUAACCGGUUCCUAUUUACUGCCAUACUCAAUAAAUGCUGAGGCAUAGAGAAAAGAGAUGAAGUCUUGGGGGCAGAGUUGAAGAGAAGUGAGGGUUGCCCGUCCUAUGGACUUGAAGGUUCAAGGGCUGCAAAAGGGACGAAAGUCCCUGAUCUAGAGGAACAGAGUCUUGCAAACAUCGUUGUGAUGAUUGCAAUAAGUACGAUCGAGACAUUGCUGAAGGGGAGUGAGGAACAGCUGAUGCCUUCAUGUGUAAUUAGAUUGCUGUUGAUUUGAGAAUUCUAUGCUAGAAGCUACUGUAAUCUGGUGGAAAGAUACUCGGGAACGUCCUGGUUCUCCGGGAUCUCCAGAUGGAUCGGACCAUCAUAAGGUAUGUUUCCACUUCUGAGACAGAAUUCCUUCCGGACCUUCACAUAUCGACAAGUCGGAGCCGAGCACGAGAUGAAUGUGAUGCUAGGGUGGGAUCAUUCAACCUCUUGAAUAAGAAUAUUGCUGCUGGGUGAGAGCGGCGGACCAAAAUAGCGGCCGACUUUCUUCCCCAACCAC